AUGCCUCCGCAGAUUAAGCAAGACCUGAAUCGCUCGGGCUGGGAGACGACCGACUUCCCGUCCGUGUGCGAGAAAUGCCUGCCGGACAACCCGUACGUGCAGAUGCUGAAGGAGGACUAUGGCGCUGAAUGCAAGAUCUGCACGCGACCCUUCACCAUCUUCCGCUGGAAAGCCGACCGCACCGCCCGCCAGAAGCGCACCAACAUCUGCCUGACAUGCGCCCGCCUCAAGAACUGCUGCCAGCACUGCAUGCUGGAUCUGUCCUUUGGCCUGCCCAUCACUGUCCGUGACGCGGCGCUGAAGAUGGUUGCGCCGGGCCCCAAGAGCGACAUCAACCGCCAGUACUAUGCGCAGGAGCACGAGAAGGAGAUUGAGGAGGGUCGGGGUGCUAUGGAAGCGUAUGAGAAGACGGACGAGAAGGCGCGCGAGCUGCUGUCGCGCCUGGCCAAGAGCGAGCCGUACUACAAGAAGCAGCGGCGCAUGGACGCUGAAGGAGAAGAGAGCGGGCAAAAGGCACUGCCUGCGCCUGGAGGAGGUGGUGAUGGCAGCAGUGCGUAUGGACAUGUCACAGGGCCUAUCAGGACGAGAGACUCGCGCGGUGGACGGGGAGGCAUGCGCGGUGGACGAGGAGGUCGCGCGCCUGGCCCCGCAGCAGAACCCAGCCCCCAGGACUGGUUGCCGCCGUCAGACCCGAACAUCGCGUCACUCUUCGUCACGGGUGUGGAGGAUGACCUCCCCGAGCACGACCUCCGCACACAUUUCGUACAAUACGGCCAGCUCCGGUCGCUUGUCUGUUCGCAUCGGGCGCAUUGCGCGUAUGUCAACUACGUCAAGAGGGCAGAUGCCGAGACUGCUGCAGAUGCACUCAAAGGGAAGGUGGUCAUCAAGGGCUGUCCGAUGAGGGUGACAUGGGGAAGGCCAAAGCAGCUCGACAGUCUGGACCAGAACGUCAGGAUGCAGUAUGCACGGGAAGGGAGACAGGUGGCAGGACCCGCACGGCGAGGUGCUGGCUCCCAAGCUGCCAUCGAGGACGCCCCACAGGACAGCGCGGACAACAUGUCUGCGAUUGCGCCUCCACCUGGUGCGGACGACGAGGUCAACUACGCUAGUCUGGCAGGCAACUAG